AUGGACCUGCCUCUAGGUCCUGUGGACAUUGACGACGAGAAAGCCGAUCCGACCUGGGACGCCGACGCGAUUCACUGGUCGACGAGUUCUGACGAUGAGGAGGAGUCGGUGAUGGCGGUUGACGAUCUUCCUCGUGUGUCUGGUACUGGUUCAGCAGCAAGGGCGACUCACGUCCAAGUUGAGCUGUCGGAUCGGCCACACCUCGCAGUACUGAAUAAAGCUGCUGGUGAGCAGAAGAGGCAGGACGCGCUGAAGAUGGAAACCCAGGUGAAAUUCAAAAAGGAGCCGCCUGAACCAGCUCGGGCGCAGAGUAGCGACUCUGAUGACAGCUCGUUGGCGUCUAUUCCUGCCAUAGCCCGCAUCAAGGAAACGCCUGUUCCGUUACCACCUACAGUCGCGGCAACUGUUUCGUUGCCAGCAUCUGUUUCCAGUCAACCAAGAGUAGCGAGUGUCCCAUCUACUGCACCUCCAGCACCUCCAGCACCCUCUGCGCCUCCUGUAUCAAGACCUGCCUUUACACCUACGCCGGUUCCGCUUCCAUCAAUUGCGAUGCGAAACGCUUCCGCGUUGCAGGUUCCUGGGCAAACGCCAUCCCGCUCUGCGCCCGGUACCAGCCUGCCUGAGCCUGACUUGAGAAAGCCAGCCGCAGCUUCUAGCACAACAAGUGGCGGACUAGGACAAACGCUCCACCCCCCUUUAACAAACCCCACGAUUCAAACGACUUCGGUUCAUGAAGCAUACAACAUAGCUACGCCGCGCAAAAGAUAUCCCGUGCCAAUGGAGGUUGCCACGGAUGGCAGGCCAUACACUGUCUUUGUUCAACCUGAUGGGCAAGCAGUGCCAACAAAGGGGGUCUUGAUCCCAGCUGGUUAUAAAUUGCAUCAUGACUCUCAGCAUCCGUUUAUCUGCCCUGUUCGAGGAUGUCAGCGCACGUUCAAGAACCUAUAUGCGCUAUCUGGCCAUUUCGGCUCGAGCCAUAGGAAUAUGACGUUCAACGACAAUGGAGAUGGAACCAUAACACAGUUCGGUACCUACAGGAAUCCUAUAGGAACGUCGCCAGGCAUUGUUGUAGCACAGGUCCCAGUGCCUCGUACAGCCCAUCCGCCUGUUCAACGGGGUCCUAGCGAGCAUGGUGCUGGGCCGACCAAACGCCAAUUAGACGAGGCGGAUGCGGGUCAGGAUAGGAAACGACGGGCCACGUCGGAGAACCAUGAACACAGUCAAACUAGUCGGUUUGAAAGGGACGUCUCUAAAUACAUGUCGGCGGUUCUUUCUGGUUUCAGGGCGUCUAACCGACUCGAUAUAUCACGGAUGCUCGCAUUACCCCGAAAAAGAGACCUGCCCAAGGAGUUUCUAGACAAACACCAAUACACAGAUCUGGCCCCCCAAACAUAUGCCUGCGCGAUAGCUUAUGUUGUUGGGGAUGAAGUUUCCGGCCGGUCGGCUUGUCAUGCGGCUACAGGGCCUCACGCACGUUUAUCGAAACAGUGCAUCGUGUUACCCAAGUCGAUACAGUUGGAGCCGAAGAUAGCCAGGAUCUUCUCUCCCCACCACAGAUGCGUUGGAUGUGCGUAUGUGGCCCUUAUGUCAGGUGCUCCAGAUCAUUGUGAGCUGAGGACGGGAGCGAGUAAGGCGGGUAGUGGCGACAAAUUAGUACCGACGUCGUCGGGACGCCCACUACCCGAUGUGCCUACUCUGCAGUCAUCACAGCCAGCACCACAGCGAGAACAACAAUCCUCGCCGGCGCCAUCUGGACGGGAAACAGAGCAGACUCUCAACCGAAGGUCUGUGAGGCGAAGUGUCCUCAACCGACUGCAGAUGGACAAGGACCAAGGGGGUCAGCCACAAAGCACAUUGCCGACUGAGCAGCCUAGUACACAGCUUAACCAAGUGCAGAUGGACAAGGACCAAGGGGUUCGGCCACAAAGCACAUUGGCAACUGAGCAGCACAGCACACAACUUAACCAAGUGCAGAGGGAUAAUGACCAAGGGGGCCGGCCACAGAGCAAAUCGCCAAUUGAGCAGCAUAGUACACGGCUAGGACGCGAGACAUUGCCCGUCAAGCACCAAGGACAAUUUGGCCCCCCAGAAUAUGAAAUGGAAGACUGGGAAAUUGCACCUGGUCGACUUUUAAACGAGGACUCUUCCCGAAACAUAGCAUACUCUGGCGCGUUCCUCACUUCGUCUACGCCGAUUACAAUAUCACAUGAUAUUGACUUUAAUGUCCUCACGAUACGUCCAGGGCAAAUCUACAACGUUCCUACACAAAAGGAUAAGAUCCAAGUUUUCUCUGUGGCCUCGGGGAAACUUAGGCUUACAAUCGGCGGCAAAGUGGUACAACUAGGCCCCAACGGGGCUUUCCCGGUGCAGCCAGGCGAAAAGUGCGUCAUUGAGAAUCGGAUAUAUUUUGAGGCUAUGGUUCACUGCACGACAGUAAAGGAUUACGAGUUGGCGCAAGGCUAG